AUGCACCCAAGCCAUUAUAUCAUCAACGAAUUCCGGGGUCACUUCGGUGGCAACUGUGAGGCCUGGCAUACCACAGAACCUUACAGCUUUGUGUUCGGACCGUCCCAAUACAUAGAUUCAGACCAACUAGCCCCAACCCUCGAAAGCCCCCUCGCAAACCUUCUCAAGUCUCGCGAGCGCACAGCAUAUGAAAAGGCUAACAAGAUUGAUCGAAACAUCGUCUUCCUGACAUGGGACUCGACAUUGGAGCUAGAUACACUAGCACGUCUAGGCUUGACUGGUUCUCGCGACCAAAUAUCCAACUAUUUGAUCUCCAAAAGCACCAUAUGUUCACAAAACAACUUGGCUGCCAGACUGUCAUGGAUGCCAUUGGUCUCCGCUGCAGACACAACAGGCUCUUCCGCGCCGGAGACAGACGGAAAGGAGAUCCAGAUUCUCCUCGCGCUUCAGUACAUGGAUCCCCAGUUGAAACCCAAAGUCUACGACAGGGUCAACUUUGGGCAAACACCCAUUACUCCUAUCGCCACCUGGCUCGACUUCACUUGGAGAGGCAGCGUGCUGGACACGCUGAACGUGCCGCUUGUCGACCUCCGCACAGUCCCGGGAGAAACUCAAGAUCAUCAGCUCAGAGGCAGGACUGAGGCGCGGCUGAACGACGAUAAUGUCCCCAAGCCGCCCAAGCCGCCCAAGCCGGGGAAGCGUUAG